AGCGCUGGUUUCAGGAAAUGAAGAAAAAUCCCGGAAAUAUCGAGAGCAUUCUGGCUUCAAAUCCGUAUACAGGCGGUAGGUGGAACCAAGUUGUCCAUAGUAUAUACAGUCUAUGAGUGAAACUCAGUUGAAUUACAAGAAACUUUUCAGUGUGGGACUAAACAGUGUGGGAGUUAAACUUGUGUGACAUUAAAAUCCAGAUAUUAGUGUGUCUCUGUCCACUUGUAGCUACUUAAACUCUCGCCCCUCCUGUCAAGCUGUCCUUGAAGGCCUAAGCUUCAGUUUUUGCAUAAAUCACAUGUUAACUUGGAGGGCCAAAGGUCUUUUAUGAGUUAUCGCUGGAAUUUGCCCGGACGUUCAUUUCAGUCAGUCAGAGGCAGGCGGACUGUGAGCCACUACUUGGACCACCUCAGCACUUCUCCUUCACAUUCAACCAGAAACACCAACAACCUGAAAACAUGGAGAACGUGUACGAAACUGUGCAUGAGGGGAGCGGGCAUGACUCAAGCAGCUCCAGUAGUCGGUCAAACAGCCCGGACAGGGAGAACCAAUAUGAGGUCCCCGAUGUGGUCAGCGAGCCGCUGUACAGCGAGGUGGACGUGCACGUUUCCGCGGACGCAGAGCGCAGUUCACCGGCCUACAUGAACGUCGGGGACGAGGACAAACAUGGCAGCUCAUCUUCUUCCAGCGAGGAUGAAGAGGAGAAGGCCGAGGAGGCCGCUGAGGUGAUGGCAGAGUUAAUGGAGGAGGUGAGAGCUGAGGUGGAGCCCGCGGUGGAGGUGGAGGUGAACGGCGACGCGCACGACGGAUCCAGGCGCUCCUCGUCCUCCUCCUCUUCCUCCUCCUCCGCCGGAGACCCCUGUGAGGACCCACCGAUUCAGACAGGGGAUAACAUCCUGACAACUUUGGAAACUGUGACCCUGGAGGAGAGCAGUCCUGAGAUCUCCCUGUACGUCAAGGUAAGAAAGAAAAAGACUUGGAGAGCCAGGAACUAUUUCUUCAUCAGUUUGCCACAGCUCCACUUCUCAAAAAGUAGGAUUUACAUUUGUUUUUCCGCUUUCAGAUGACAUUUACUCAACAUAAUUGCCAUAAAGCUCAUUUAACUAAACCACAAUUAAAAGAUUAGGGCACAAAUUAACAUCACCUAAAAAUUUGCACCAUUAAUCUUGGUACAUGAACCCAAAACAUGACCAGACUCCAACAUGAGAUGAUAAUAACCAUAUUAAGUGAUAAAAAGGCUCAGUAAAUGUCAUAGUAGAAGUGAGUUUAAUCUGAAGGUGGUCCGGUGUAAUCAUUAACUUGUUUACUGUCCAGCCAUAGAAACCAGGGGUGAACUCCAGGCCUGAGCAAAUGGGUCUGCUGCUUGUCGGAUAGAGCUGCUCUGUGAGGUGUGUUAUCAGCACACACAGGAACACACUGCUGAUUGGGCAACUGAGAUUAAAAGUCUGAAUGAGCUCAGAAGAGGACUUUAUUUUAGAGCGAACCUUAAGUUUGUUAUUUUGGAGUAAGUUAUGAGUUGUGUACAAUAACUGGACCCGGACUGGGGCAGAAUCAAGAUUUGAUGUUGGUCUUGAAUUGCACAAUAGUAAUCCAAACAAAACUUAUUUCUCUGAACGUUCUUUUUAUCUUGCAAACGCAGUAGAAAUUUAAUAAACCGUGAAAUUUCCAGUUGAGUGACAUUAGGGAUGGGAAUCGAGAGCCGGUUCCAAAUGGUUCAAUCCAUCGACAUCGUUUACAUGUUAUCUUAAUGAUUCCCUUAAUGAUUCCUUUCUUCCAAUCGCCAGCCGCUGCUGCCCCGCCUCAGCUAUGGCACGGAAAGUAUGUAUGUCCUGUGUUAACGUAAGCACAAUGUGCUAACAAAACACUUGACCUGACCCCAAAACCCUCGAAAUUUUGCGCGUGACUCCGCCUCCAACUUAGUUAAGCCCUCUUUUUGGGGAUCCAGAAUAUGGUCACCCCAAUUUGACUUAAUACCGACCGAAGUAAACGUUGUACAAAUAGUUUGUCAUUUGAUUAUUUUUAGACUUCUGUUAUCAGAGACUCAAUAAAAUUUUGGGAAAAAAAAUCAAAGAAAGGCAUCGAUAAGGGAAUUGUUAAAGAAUUGAAUCGAUAAGCAGAAUCGAUAAUGGCAUCAAUAUCGAUAAAUCUUAACAAUUUCCAUCCCUAAGUGACAUACAAAGAGAACAUUGUUUGUCUUUAUAUUAACAGAGAUUGGCAAGAGGACUAAUUUGGGCCGCUGAAUUUCUUUUCUUUUUUUAAGUUUUAAAAUAAUAUUGAAAGUUUAAAAACAGAAUUCAGACAUUUAUCUCAGACUCCUGACAUUUUUCAUUAGUGCACUGAAAAAAAAGUCAGAAAAUUUAUCAGACCUUAAAUUUUUGUAGCCCUUAGUCUCUUCCAUAAACUGUCGAGGUCAUGAGCGAGGGUUAAACAAAGGUAAAAGGACCCAAAUGAUUUAUUUAAAAAGAACUAAAUGAAUAAAAAAAACAAAAACUUUCUUUAAAAUGUCAAACUGAAAAUUCACACGUUGACUAUGAAUGACAGACAUACAAUGAACAAACAGAGAAACAGGGGAAGACAGGGACUAUAUAUACACACAGGUAAAUGAGGAACAGGUGUGGCAGACGAGACACAGGUGAAACUCAUUAGUGAUUAAUGACGGAGGGAAAACUAGGGAGGUAAAACCAGACUAGAAACACAAGGAAUUAACUUCUACAAAAUAAAACAGGAAAUAAACACUGAUCUAAAAAGGUCAAACACAAACUGAAAUCUCACAAGACUGGACUACAAGAGAACACGAACAUUUGGGAAAAUACACAAAAUGCACUCAGAUAAAACCAGGAAAAAACUAAAUUUACAGAAGAUAUCAUGACAGUCUAAUUGUUUAAAACUCCUGUGAGGAUUUUUUUCGACAUUUAUGAAAAAAUAAAAGACAUAUUUAUGGUUUUUAAUAGCAUUCAAAGGCAAAAAAGACCAUCAGGGAUGAGAUUCAUGCUUUUUAUUUUGUAGUUUUUGAAGCCUUAAACUGGUGUGAGUGGGUAGAUGUUAGCCAAGCAGCUGAAAAAACUGUGUUUUUACAAUUCUAGAAAUAUAUGCACAGUAAAUGAUACAGUAAAAGUCAUUAAGCUGAGAGUUUUUCAAGAAUUUACUAAUUAAGAGUGUAGAGGACAGGAUAAGAAAAGACUGUGUUGUCCACAAGGGCGGCGCCGGAACUUACACAAACUUGAAUCCCUCGCAGAAGCUCUAAAGAGAAUUUUUCAGUCCUGACACAUUUAAUCCUCCCCUUAUGAGAAACUUUUCCAGUCAAAGCAGUCAGUGUAUGAGAUCUUUGACAGUUUUUUCAUUAACAUAAGGAAAAAAAAAAUUUUCUUUUAAGUAAAGGGUCACUAUGAAUUUGUCUCAUCUCAUAAAUAUACUAUCUUUAAGUUUUUAUAUUAGACUUCAGAAAAAUGUAGAGCACCGUUCACCAUUAAGGUGACAUCAUUUUCAACAUUCGGCCCCACCCUGCAUCCUAUCCAACCUGUGGGUGGAUUUCCCAACAGUUUAAUCUUCAACAAUCGCCAUAACCAUAAACUGAGCAGGGCUAUAAAAGUAAGGAGGAGGGGCGGGUAAUCAUGGUGCCAUGCUUUUAGCUUAUGCAGCUCCUCCCCUGUGAUAAAGCAGGACACAGGCCGUGACUAUCUCUACUGCUGUCUCGGACAUGUUUCUCACAGGAUGAUCUUUUUUUAAUCUUGUUCUGUUAGAUAGAAAAGCUCGUGAUAAUGGGAACAAUAAAACUUAAAGAUAUAUAUUCUCUGAUAAUCUAAGAGGCCAUGUUAUCAUGCUCAUGCCUCAGAAUGAAAAAUCAAUGCAAACUUCAUGUGAGAAAAAAUGCCAAGUCUUCGCACUCCCUCCCCCAUCCUGGUUCCACAAGGUGUCUGUUACUGUUCGGUGCUCAGAUAAAUCAUUAGCUGGACAAGUCAGCCAUUUGAGCUCCUUUGUUUCAAGAUGACACCGAGGCUAUAUUCUUAAUCCUUAAUGUUUACAUGAUCAUAAAGGAUUUUGCAAUCAUUUAAGAAACAGCUAUAACAAGUUGGGUUAUUUCCAGUCCUUGGAUGGUUAGCUAUAUAUGCAUAAAAACCAGAGAUGGGCUGAUAACCGGCCUGCCGCCUUUAGUACAAAGGUAACAAAAUCAACCAGUCAGUGUCUUAUCAUGUUAUCUUGCUUUUUCUUUCAUGUUUCAUCUGAGUAAUAAAAAGAUAGUCAAUGCAAAUAAAAUGGUUUCCUACAGUGACCCUGAAAUCUCAAAUCAGAGCAAGAAAUCAAAAAGUGACAAACAGAAAAUGGACACUCAGUGAGUUCUUCUGAUCAGUGUCAUGUUUUGUAGUAUUUUGUUGUUUUCUUGGGAUUUGUCAUUGUAUUUUUGGGAUUUGGUUACAGAGAGUUCAGGCCUUCCAACUUCAGACCUCCUUAUCUUGGUGACCUGACCGGGAGUGAUAAAUUCCUGGCUUGUCUCAAAGACCAGGGUUUGUCUCUCCCCCCUUGCUCCAUAGCCGAUGUGAAACUAUCUCUGUAUCCUCUAAAGCCCUGCAGAUGUCUGGUUUUAUACGUGCCCAAGUAAUACCCAGAAGGCUACAGGCCUUCUAGCAAAGCCUUCUCUGACUUUGAUGGGAAUACACUGAGCAUGUCUACAGCAGCACAUUUCUGUGAGCUCCAGCAUGACUGCUGGAUCUGAUGUUUGUGAGACCUGCACAGUGUCCUGUCCACCGUGUCUUUGGUAACUUAAGUUGGUUCCCCAGGUCCACUAUCACCUGCCAAUUAUGUGCAGUUUCUAACAGGAUGGAUUCUGCAACUCCCUUAAAGGGAUAUUCUGGUGUAAAAUUAAUUUAGGGUCAAACACACUGAAACCCUGAGUUCGACACCGCGUUGAGAGAAGAAUGUUGUUGUAACUUUAUCAACAGUACAGGGUCCCAGCCACAGCACUAGCCCCCAAACAUCUUUUUAGCUUUGCCUAAUUUCUUUAGCAAAGAGACUAAACACAACUCACCUACUCUCUUCCAGCAGCCGCUUGUUUGUAGCAAGACCUUGACCAGUCCAUCAUCGAGUACAGUGGGGUGACGCAGCUCAAGGAAGAACAUUUAUGAUCAUUACUUUAUGGAAAUGCAAUCCGACACUAAGGAAAAAGAACUACCGCGUCUGCAGUGAAAAAUGAUUAAUAUUUAGAUUAUUACUUCAAGGAAAUGAUAAAGUAAUGAUCAUAAAUGUUCUUCCUUGAGCUGCGUCACCCCGCUGUAGUCCAUAAUGGACUCAAGGUCUCGCUACAAACAAGCAGCUGCUGGAAGAGAGUAGAUGAGUUGUGUUUAGUCUCUUUGCUAAAGAAAUUAGGCAAAGUUAAAAAAAAGUUUGAUGGCUAGUGCUAUGGCUGGGACCCUAUAUGUACUGUUGAUGAAGUUAGGUGCUGUUCUGAGCAUUAUUUGCAGCUAUAGCGUGGCUUUUUGGUUGAGGUCUGUGUGUGGCUCCUCAGACCGCUGUGUAUUGCUAUCGUUCGGUCGUUACUGAAGUUGGUAGAGAAGCAAGCGGUCGGCAUCAUUCAUCUCUCGAGGGGGUGUCUAACUUGGUGUUACGGUGUGUUUGACCCUAAAUUAAUUUUACGCCGGAAUAUCCCUUUAAGCACUUGGUUGGAUUAGUGACUCUCAGUGCCUCGGUAAAGCUGCUGAGGAGGUGUUUCAGUACUUCACAGCUAAGACCAUGAGAUCUCUCCAUCCAUUGCUAGUUCCUACCUGGUCCAUGCAGACCAACAGUUCAGCCACGUGUCUCGGGUCCCAUCAGUUAUCCUGUUCGGCCAACUGCUUCCAGAGAAACUUGUUUUUAGUGAAUAGGAAUGAAUCUGAACUUUCCUAAAUCCCUUUUUUUUUUAGAUCUGAUGCUAAAUUUUAAGAUUUCAAGAAUUCAAGCGGCUCUUGUGGUUUCAAAGAUGCCGAAUUAGGCAGCUGAGAGACUGUGUAAUUAGAUUGAAAUCUGAAAAGACUGUCAGCUCAGCUCAUUAUCAUGCUUUGUUUUCAUUAUAUGGCGCUGAAAGCCCUCUGAGGCUGCAGAGAUAAACCCGCUAAAAUCUGAGACAACACGUUUUAAAACUAUACAACACCCCCCCUUAUAAAUACAGGGAUAAUGAACUCCUUCAAUAGAGGCUUGGUAAUUAGUUUGUGCUGCACAUUGGUGUGUCAGCCAGGAGGGGGGGCUGCUCUAUUAAUAGAAGCAGAUUAAAAAAAAUUAACCGAAGGCACCCUGGUUUCACAUUUCUCUGCUUUCAUAUCUCACACAAUAACAGAUUUAUUCAGAGUUUUUUCCAUUUAAAUAAGUCAAAUAUGACCUGAUUUCAUUCCUGUUGGCCUACAUAGAUUUAAUUUCUAUAAGUAAACACCAACUCCUGCCACAAAUCCUUCACAGGUGUCUCAGAUAAAGCCUGACAGGCGCACAUGUGAACACGGAUUAAACACGGAUGCUGCACAGGCUCCCAAAAAAGAGGCAGCAAGCGACACGCAUUCUGUAUAUCCGAAGGAUGAUACCCGAGACUCCGGAGCAGAAGAUAUUUGUGACAGUUUGAAAAAAACAAAAUUCAGCCUGACCUGACUCCAAGAAGCAAAGAGGAAAAUGAGAGUAACAUGAGGUGACAGGUUUAGGAGAGAUGAGGCAGAUGAGAGAGGAGGAAGCGGUGGGGAUGUGCGCUCGAGGGGGAGGGUGAGGGAUGCGGCUCCACCCCCCUGCCAUAGACUGACUGACACCUGUUUUCUACUUCGUGUCAGUGAGAGCACACUCUGCUCUCCAUCUGUGUCCAAAUCAGAGCGCAGGGCUGUCUGCCUGCCACCUGGACUGACUCUCAGCCUCACACCUGCAGGACGCAGAUAAGGGAGAAGAAAACCCUUUACCGAGACCAAAAAAGGUGGAUUGAGGGGCUUCAAACUUUGAACAGCUUCUGGAGAAAGGAUCACUAAGUUUUUACAUCUUUCUCUGGAGGAUGUAGACCUCCAAGGACACCAAGAGGACUGUAGAUUUUGAAAUUAAAAGAGGCAAAUUUGACAGCCAGAACCAGGCAUCAUGUCCAGUAAUGGUCCAGACAGAGACCCUGAAAUUGAACUUUUUGUUAAGGUAAGGCAGAUACAGACAUACGGGGACAGUAUCUUCUGAUUUGUUUUAGUUUGGAUGGAAAAACAGAGACAGUGUAUGAAGAUAUUUUCAGUGUAGCACAAGCGUGUGUUGUGGAAAGCUGCUGUAACUCAAUAGCAGAGGUAGAGUUACAGCAGCACUGGCACACUGCGCUCUAUGUUGACCCGGGAUUGUUGUGACAGUGACACUGAAGCUGCUUGUGGAUGAUGGGAGGCUAAUAUAAUACAAGGGCAACAUUACCCAGACUCACUCAUUAAAAUACAGUUUUUCUGUCAGAUUUGAUUCAGAAAUGCAUCAUGGGAUAACCCUCUUCAAUCACGGUCCAUUUAACAAACCUGAUGUUUACAAAUAUCACCUUAAAAAAGGACAAAAAUGAUAAAAGUUUGAGCGUCGGUGAGUGCAGCAGUGUUGUUUUGUUCUCCAGACUCCUGUUCUUGUGGGAAAUGUUAGCGGUACAUGAAAAUACCUGAGGCAGGUAAGAUGUAAGCAGGUGGAAGAGCUCGCUGCUGAUGUGCUGUUUGGAUGCACUGACCCAAUUAGCCGCUGUGGAAGCUGCUUUCAGCCAAACCGUCUCCUUGGAAACGGGUUGGCUGGGUAACCGAAAGUUCACUGACACGCGGUGUAGGUCGUCACCCUUUUAUAAGCCUUACCUUUUUGCGUCAUUAUCUGAUGCUUCAGCGCGUGUGAGAGAGUGGUGUUUAUAGACAGAGAAAAAGAGGAAGAGGGGCUUCAAACUAUUCUUUCUCAAAUUAAUGUCCUCAUUCAAACCAAACUCCAUUUUUUUGCUAUUUAUAAACCUGGAUGAUGGACGGAUACUCAAAACGGGGUACAGUUUGGCUCUCCUGCUGUCAUUUGAGAUGUGACCUAGAUGGACGGUGAACUAUCUUACAUAGCUAAGGAUCUUUUAAUUCGCUGCAUACGUGUCGUGACACCAGCUGUUUGAGUUACAGCUGAACUUUAGCUCUUUAAUUGUCAUUUAACAGAGGACAAACACUUCACUGCUAAUAACCAGGGCUAAAAAAGAAGUUCUCCAUAAAAAGCAAGGCUCCAAAAUCCUGUAUUUACAGCCAGAACUGGACAAGAGAUCCAUAAAAACAUGUAUUUUUGGGAAUUACCAAUAAUUAACAACAAAUGGUACCAUUCCUGCAAGAUUAAUCAUAUAUUAAACAUUUAAAAUCUUACUGAUUUACAGAGAAUUUUCUUUAAACACCUUGAAUCAAGUCAGUUUUGCCAAUUUUAUUGAUUAUAAGGCCUAAAAAAUAUAGUUGCAUUUGAAAAUAUAAACCUAAAUGCUAAUUUUCUUUAUUUACAUGCUUCAUUUUGGAAUAUAUUUCAUCCAGUUGUGCAGUUGUGUAUUUCAGAGUCCUUUAAAGACAAAGCAGGCAUAGUGGAAAUGUCACUGAUGAUCACUUGCGUGCAUGUUAGAACAUCUUUAAUAAGCACUUAUGUUCGAGGAUGCAUCCAUGCGUCGGAUCACAUGAGGUAACAUCUCUCUAACUGGACCCCUCUCAUCCUCACAUCACUCAGCAGCUCGCUCCUUGUGCCCGCAGGCUCGGUUGUGUGUGACAGCUUUUGUCCUCCUGUGUUCUAGAUGUUGAUUGGCUAUUAUCAUCAGGCCUCUGUGUGUAUUGUGUUACCGCCGUGCCGCUCAGCCCCGGGCCACAACAAUGCGCAGACUGAGGCAUCACAUGCACCCAGGCAGCAUGAGAGCACCCCGGCAUCAAUGGCUGGAGCUCAUAUAGUUGGCUCAGCUACUUUUUAGACUGACAGCUCUGUUUUCUGGUCUUUGCUGGGGAGCAGUGAACCAUGGGAAACGUGUGCUGAAUGCAAAAUAUUUCUGAUUUUUGGGGAGUCUUUUCUUAAGACUGGUUCUGGAUUCAGUUUAAGCAUAUAUAAUUAUAAGUUUAAUGUGCGCAUGUUAAAAGAAAAUUUCAAGUAACUAAAAUCCUCCACCAGAAAUCAAAAAGAAACCUCCUCGGUUAAACCCCAGCUGACUCCGAGGUCAUCGCCCUCAUUCCCUGAGCGAAGCAGGUCUCUGUGUGAGGGUCUGACCCCUCGCUCUGAAUCCUGCUGGUCAGUGAACCAGCCGUUGGAAUCUCUAUCUAUAAUUCAGCUGGAGCAGAGGCUCAGGUGUCACAGCUGACUCUCUGCUGUGAGUUCAUACAUACCAACACAUGAGCUCGCUGCAUGCUCACAAGUACAACAAAGUGGAAGUGAGUUUAUCUGUUAGUUAGUUAGAAAUUAGAGUUAAAUAUCAAUUAUUAUGGUCUGGUAAAGAGUUAUUUUGACUAAUAUGCAUCAUUUCUUGCAUCAGGAGCAAACGCAGAUAUAUAUUUUUGUUAUUAUUAAACGGUUAAAGGCAGAGGUGGGUUUUUGACUUGCUAGAUGAAAUCAAGAAAUGACUUGGACUUGCUUGCGACUUGAUUGCUAAAGACUUGAGACUUGACUUGACUUGAGCCAGUGACUUGAAAAGUCAAAUCAAGUCUUUUCAAGUCACUUAAUACCUUACAGCUUGCCCAAACCAUUUAAAAAGUGUCGCAUCAACUAAUAGUCAGGAAUUACGUCCGUUGGUAACACUGUGUUGUGUUGCCAAGUCUGCUUAUUUCCCGCUAAAAAUUUAGCUUGUUUUUGGCUUGUUUCUGGAGGUCAGUUUCCUUAUUUCUCUCACGAAACUUGGCAACACUGUCUCAAACUCUAGCCUCCCUCAUAACGACAACACCGGGAGGACUGAACAUAAAUCGCUCGCUAGUAUUGCCCGCCUGUUUCCACGUGUUGGCUUGUGUCUCUCUUUUGUUUUGUUUUUAAACAGUGAAUUAGAGUAUCAGUUUAAUGUUUAAUUGUAUUUGAGUCUUCCUUAUUUUUGUGCACAUUGUCUAAGUUUCCAAUUAUUGAAGUUUAUCUGAUUAUUUUUUGUAUGACAUGUAAAAUAGUUUGGUUAAAACUGUACUAUGUAACUUCACACAAACAAGAACCCUUGUUUAAUAAUAAAUACAAAUAGUGAAAAAUGCUCAUGAUUUAUGUAAAUCUUUACAUAUAACAAAUGGUUUUGGCUUUGAUAUGACUUGUUUUUGACUUGAAAGAAACGGUAAGGACUUGGACUUGACUUGAGACUUGAGAGCAAAGACUUGAGACUCGACUUGGACUUGCAACAUAAGGACUUUCCCCCACCUCUGGUUAAAGGUAACCACAGCUCAAAUCAGGUCUAGGAGGUAUUUAUUUCUUAGAGGAAAGGUGGCUUUCAUAGCCGUCAGCUCGGCAGAGGAGGGUAAAAUGGUCAUAAAAGUUGCUGAAGCCUGUGAAAAAUGUCUUUUUUUUGACCAAACUAUUGUUUAAUCACACAUUUAAUUCAUUAACUGCCAUGAACACUGAGGAAAAACAGUAAACCCCGCUUUUGCAGGCAUAAAAAAUCAUCAAAUGUUGGUGUUUCUGAUGUCAAAUAGAGGCCAUUCUUUACUAUAUUUGUAUAUGUUUGAUUGUGAGCGUUGUAUUUUACUGAUGUCACCUUCAUUCCCUCUGCGAUCAGGCCGGCAACGAUGGAGAAAGCAUCGGUAACUGUCCCUUCUCCCAGCGUCUCUUCAUGAUCCUCUGGCUCAAAGGAGUCGUCUUCAACGUCACCACCGUCGACCUCAAAAGGUUAGCACACAGAAACACGACUGAGACUCAUGCACUCGGGGGGUUUUCUUCUAACCGACUGUUCUCUCUCUUUAAAGAAAACCAGCAGAUCUGCACAACCUGGCCCCGGGGACGCACCCGCCUUUCGUUACCUUUAACGGGGAGGUCAAGACGGAUAUCAACAAGAUCGAGGAGUUCCUGGAGGAAAUGCUCAGUCCUCCAAGGUAAGCAGAUUGGAAAAAAGAGAAAACUAUGAACUUUUCACUGAUAACAGACACUACUGUUUUAACUUUCAUUAUUUCUAUUCUCUCCAAUGAACAAAAAAAAAAUGUGAUUGCCUGUGAUUGAGUAGUUGCAGAGAAAAAUGUCAGAUUAACUAAAUCAGUCUUUUAUUGCCUGCAAAGUUUUUUACAUUAUAAAUGGCCCUUAGUGUGAGGGAGCUUAAAGGGGCGGGCGGCCAACUAAGUGUGAGCGUGUAACAUGUUUUCAGUCUGAGCCGAGCUCCAGCCCAGGUGUUAAUGCUAUCCAGAUGCUUUUUUUUCCCCCCUCUAAGUGCGUCUCCUGCCUCUCCCGUCUGCUCAGGUAUCCCAAACUUGCCGCCAAGCAGAGAGAGUCCAACACAGCUGGAAACGACAUCUUUGCCAAGUUCUCAGCCUACAUCAAGAACACCAAACUAGAGGCCAACGCCGGUGGGCUGCUCGUUUUAUGCCACUUAAACACACAUAUACACAAACAGCACUAAAUGACAAACCUGAUAUAAUGUGUCUCCACUAGGUGGUAGCAGAGUCACGUGUUAGGGGGCCUUUCUUUGUUUGUUUACUGCUCUGCUGCCCCCUGGCGUGAUUAUCAAGAAAAAAGGUCAUAUGUCACUUUUGAUCUGUAGCAUUUUACCCAUGUGUCUUUGUGUUUUUGUGCGUUUAGUCCUGGAGAAAGGUUUGACAAAGGCUCUGGCCAAGCUGGAUGACUACCUGAACACCCCUCUGACUGAUGAGAUCGAUAAAAGGAGUGUAGAUGGAGAGUGUGUUAUUUUUUUUACUCAAGAACAUUUUUACUAGUUUUACACAGAUUAAUACAGUAAGUAAGUAAACUUUAUUUGUAUAGCACUUUUCACAGACAAAAGAGUCACAAAGUGCUUCACAUAGACAAAAAUAAAAAGAUGUACAGACAAAUUAAAAGGCUAAGACAACAACAUUUAAACAGUCAUAGUAGCCCCAAAAACAAUUAAACAAAUGCCUGACUGAUGAGAUCGAUGCAGACAGCAUGGAGGAGGAGAAGGGAUCAAACCGGCUCUUCCUGGAUGGGAACGAGCUGACUCUGGCUGACUGCAACCUGCUGCCUAAACUGCACAUAGUCAAGGUAAAAGAAAAGGAGUGUAGAUGGAGGGUGUGUUAUUUUUUACUCAAGAAUAUUUUUAUUAGUUUUAUACAAAUUAUUACCCUUUCCCUAAAGACCCUGUCUACUGCUGGAUAUUCCUGUUACUGCGCUUAAAUAACAAAUUCUGAAGCUAAAACAAAAAUAGUAAGUGCUGGAAUUCGGGUUUUGUAGAACUUGAAAUCUUAAGAUGUUGAGAGAUAAAAAUGAAAAAGAAAAUAAGUUAAAUGGACUACUGUACGUUAAGAAAAAUACAUAUGUAGACAAGUCGCUGAAAACUGAAAAGGUCCAUAAAAUUGUAUGAUUAUAAAACAUCACAGAUAUAUAUUUCAAAAAGAAAACAACUAGAAGAGGAGAGUGCUGAUUCAAAAUGACCAGAGUUUCUGAAUGUGGUCCAGAAAAGGUCCUCAAACCUUUUUACCUGCGACUGAGUAACGAAUCUUCUCAAGGUCUGGGUGUGUUAUUUUAAUUUAGUGUUUGUUAAAGCUCUGUUGUGACAGAAAUAUAGGGUUUAUACCUCCAAUUUGGAAAGUAACACGACCAAAAACAAGAGUCUAAAUGUUGAAAAGUAGAGUUUACUUACAUUAGAGCUGGUGGUGAAUAAUAUACUCAGCUAAAGUCACUCAAACCCAUUCACAACCGCCUUCGCCAAUCCAUUUGUACAGUCUGUCAGCGUCUAUUCAGAAUUUGGUCUUAACUUCAACAAAAGAUUUAAAUGACAUUAUAGACUAACCUCUCUGAGUCUUAAGAAAUGGCGGAGAUGGAGAAGUGUUAAAAACUGAGUAUCCGCUUUGAGACCGGCUGCAAAAGCGCCAAAAAGCGUGCACACACUGAGCCUGUUUGUAGAGCAAAAAUAGCCCUGAGUCCUGACUUUCAGGUCGACUGAAAAUGAAGUUGAGUCAGCAUUUCCAUUAUGACGAGGCUUCACAAACGAGCGGGUGACGUCACCAAACCGUCCACAGAUUAUACAGUCUGUGAUCUUGAAUUUUUCUUUGGUUGCAGCACUUUUGGAUCCUUGGUUAUUCAAAAUAAAGGGCAGCAACAAAACAAAACAAGAUAAUGCAACAGUCCAAAAGCCAAGGAGAGCCUGUCAGAGCCCAAACUAAACCUCCUGUGGGAAGUUUGCAGCUGGUUAUGAAAUAGACUAAGGACUAUGUUUACACUGCAGGUCAAUUGCUGAUUUUAUAACUAUACAGUAUGUGACACAUAUCUUGUUUUUAAGUGUGAACAGUGGAAUUCUGAUUUUUUUUUAAAUCCGACCCAGGCCUCUUCUGUAUGUGGAUUUAAAUCGGGUAUGUAUCCGAUGUGACUGCAGUGUGGACGCUCUGGCGUGUUCAUCCGACGUAUACGUCAUCAAUGACAAACGUCACCAUUUGUGCUUUGUGCGCAUACGGGUCACUUCACGGACGCAUUCCGUUCACAUUAGAUGCCGCAUUCGUUGUUAUCAUAGACUGUAUAUACAAUGGACAGAGUCUGCCUCCUCGCUGGGUGAAGCCACUCCGAGGAACAGCACCCUCUGGUGACAGGCUGCAGUAUAGGUCAUAACACCUGAUACAGCCUAUGGAUGUUCAGGGAUUGCGUAGCUCACCUGGGGGAUACGCUGAGAGCUAUUUGGCUUCAAAUCCGUAUACAGGCGGGAGGCGGAACCAAAUUGUCCAUAGUGUUUACAGUCUGUGGUUGUUGUAAUGUGAACGACCGCACAAAAAGAUCGGAUUUAACAAAAAAUUGGAAUUGUGCAUCAUAACCUGCAUUAUGAACGUGGACUAAAAGUGACAUUGGUGCUUCUUUUUGGUAUGCAAAUGCAAACUUGAGUGUUUGCAGAGAGAUUAAUAAUUUCAAUGUCAUAUAUUUGUACUUUUGCCUUAAACUGCUGCAGGAAGGUAGGCUGGGUUCAUGUUUCAUUUUUCACAGAAAAAGAAAAAGCCACUUGAAGGAAAGCAGAGUCUGAAAAAGGAACCUGACAAUAAUUCAAUUGCACCUAUUAGAGAGAACAGAUCCCACAGUGGAGUGUAAAUAUCUGACAAGGUUAGUCAAGUGUUUUUCCCUCACUUCAACUUAAAUCUGAUGCUCUGUUUUCUUUUCCAGGUCGUUGCUAAGAAGUACCGCGGCUACGACAUCCCCUCCAGCAUGUCGGGCGUGUGGCGGUACCUGAACAGCGCCUACACUCGCGACGAGUUCACCAACACCUGUGCCGCCGACACGGAGAUCGAGAACGCCUACAGAGACGUGGCGAGGAGGCUGGCCAAGUAACUCGCCGAGUGACCCGAGGCUCAAACACCAUAAACUAGGAUCACAACUCGCAGAGAAAGAAACACCAUCUUUUUACAACAUGUGACUGUCCUUUUUCAGAAGGAAAUUUCUGUCAUAGUGGGGUUACGUAUUUAAUUUAGUUCACAGGCUUCAGAGCAGAUUCAACUCCUACGUGAUUGUGUCCGUCUAUAUUUAUUCCUCAUAACACAAAGCCCUCUUUCAUACGUUUUCCUCUCGUCCACACGGCCAAACACUUCACUAGCCGCUGAUGUCAGGGCGGGUUACUGUAUUUAUUCCUGAGCCCACAGAAGUCUAGUCUGCCUCCAGUGUUUAUGAGCAAAGCUUUGGCUCCGGCGGAGACACCUCGAUUCAUCUAUGACUCAUGAUUGAUGCUAAUUGUUUGCUGAAUAUAUGACUGUUUGAAUUCGCAGGUUCAUUAUGACUGUCAUACAUUACUGUAGUUCUGUUCCCUCCAGCUUCAAACUUAUCUUUAGAUCCCACUCCUGCUUCUGAAAGAUUGAUUUUAAGGAUGAUUGAUUUUUAUAAUGACUUUAUAAUGUUUGUUUGAAAAGAGCAAAACUCACCUGGCAAAGGCAUUAUAAGCUUGGAAAACGAGGAUUUUCUCUGAUUUGUUUGCAUGCAUGAAUCUGUUUUAAAUUGCGAUAUUUAAAAUCUGAUAUUAGAUCCGCUUUUUAAAAUGUGAAAAUGAAAAAAAAUCCUCAACUGUGCCUUUAUUUUGAAGAGACAUAAGUCCAUGCCAACGCCACUGAUGGAUUCAUCCACAAAAAAAAAAACAAAAAAAAAUGUAUUGCAGCCAGAGCCCAGCCAUUUGUUCUGCCUCUAGCUAUUAGUGCUCAGUCGAGGUAUUGAUUUUGUCUUAAGUUACACAUGAUAUUAUGAAUGGGGAGAGUAUUUAUUUAGCAGCCCCAAUCAGGCCUGAUUAGGUAGAGCCAUUAGUGCUGCGAUGAAAAGCGUCUUCCAGGCCAGGUCCACAAUGGUCAGAAACCCUGCCCUCCAGCCCCUCAUCAAAGAGACAUUUCCUCCGCUCUGAGGAGUCCGUCAACAUCCGCUAGCCUAAAAGUUCAAGUUCAAAAGUUUCAUUGUCCAAGCGAGAGAAGGAGGAUGGAAAUUUGUCUUGGGGCUUAUCGUCUUUGGCGUGGCGUCAGGCUGCAACUUUAGCGAGACUUCCUUGCAGAACCAUAAGGCUCUUGUGUGGUUUGGACAAACAUGUGAUAUGAAAUUGGAGCAUGAUGACUGAGAGCCUUGCUCAUUGCAAAGCUCUACAAAUAAAAUAAUAUUUUCACAGA